UUCGUAAAGUUGGACCCCACUUCCAGCCAAUUCUCUGGAGCCGAGCAGGAGUGCGCGCAAAAUAGCCGAGAAAACUUCAAAUGUAGCAGAGGCCCAGUUCGGGGUUUAAUAUGCGCUAUGAACCCUGUACCAAUCUUCAGAUUUUUUGAAACGGGAAGGUUAUCAAAGAGCGGACUGAAGUUUAUUUUGAAGCCCUCGGCAACGCUUUGUGGCUCCUCAACCAUUCUUUCCCCUCCCACCGGCUUCCCUCUGAUAGCCGUGCAAAUUCCAGCGAUCUUUACCCAUCAGGCGACAAGAAUUUCUGCGAAAGUUUAGGUUUUUACGCCGGCCGGUCACUUCCUUGGCACCGUAAAAGAGAGUGUGGUUAUGCACUGAGCAGCAGUGGAGGGAUGGUGAUGACAUCGGAGCAGUCUACGAGCCUGAAGAUGGCGCAGCUUCGACUGGCCUGCGAGAAGGAAAUACGAGCCUGCUGUGAGAGAUCUGGACUUCUGGCGACUUCCAUCCGGGAGUCGAUCAAGUCCAUCAAGCCAUUAGUUGAAAAUGCUGAAACUAAUCGAGGAAAACUUGCUAUGCUUAAAGAUUACCUAAAGGAAAUGGAGUCCACUUUUCGUGAAGCUCUGAAAGCAAAUGCUUCCAAAGAAGCCAAACAUGCAUCUAUGUCUGAAGCUAUCUCAACCAUGGCAGUAAGAAUUGAGUAUCUGAAGGAAACAAUUGAUAAUCAGAGGGCAAAAAAGGAUGAGUAUGAAGCAGUUCUAUCACAACAGUUACUUGCUUUACAAAAAAUUGAAGAGAAGAAUGAAGGAGAUGUAAUUGAAAUAAAAAAGCUGAAGGAAGCAACCGACUGGUACAGAAGUGUUCUUGGAUUUCAAACUGAAGGAGGGGAAGGAGUUAAAUUUAUUUUUAACAAAAUUGACCGAAAUGAUCAGGAUAAGGAGUAUUGGUUUGUUGUAAGGCUUGAUGGUGAUAUAUACACUUUGCUGCAUUGCAAUCCAGAACUACAUGAUAUUGAUGAUUUGAUCGAGGAAUUGAAUAGAACCAAUCGUUUAUUCAAGUUUGUUAGAGUUAUGAGAGAAAAAUUUCAGGAAAUUUCAUGCAAAGGUAAACUUCAAAUAGCCUAUACACUGUCAGAGAGCAUUAUUCUAGCAUAA